UGCGCAUUUAGUUGUGUAUAUAUAUCUUUUUUGGAGCGGAGCGGCCAGCUUGAAUUCUAGAGCAUGACUCAUGUGCUGGUGAAAUGGCUAACAGAAGAGUCCUGGGACGUGUAUUCUGUACGCGCCAUCGUCGACGCUCAGCUGGGAUUCCGGCUGCUGACGGAAGAAGGUUUUAUCGACCAGGUCCGGGGCAGCACUGUGUCGAUAAAGUGGACCGAUGACUCGGCGCCAGCGGAGGCACAAUUACUCGAUUUUGGCGUGCACAAAGCACUGGAGAAAAAAAGAACGCAGCUUGUGAAAGCGGUCCUGCAGCGGAGGGGCGAACAGCCAGUGGGGCAGGUGGCGUCAAAAAGAAAGUGUGAAGGGUGUGACUGCGAGGCCUCGAGAAAGGUCGUCGUCUUGGAGGGCCAGGUGCGGGAGCUAAAAGAGAAGCUAGAAGCGGCAAACAACAACCUUGAGUCCUUCGCAAUGCUGAAGAAAGCCAACAAGCUAGUGAGGAAGCUAGAGGGCCUGGCAGACGUGCAGAAGGCCACACAAGUGGUGCAGGCCGAGCAAGUGGACAUUGGAGGUGGCAUUCUGGUGGAAAAAACAGUGCUCAGCCGCCUCCAUGCACACUGCGGUGGCCUGCCCACGAAAUUUGCCCGCAACUUGUUGCGACAUGUCUUUGGAGAUGAAGGCCUCCGAGGAAAAUCCCUGUACGGGAAGGGCUCGAACUCCAACAAAGAGGGCCCAGUGAAAGAAGGGCUUUGCCCGUUAAAGCUGAAUGCUGUCAUCGGGUACACGUGCACCCAUUUUCAAACAACCACGCUCCACAUCAAGAGCAGCCUGUCUUCUAUGAUUAGCAGGGAGAUUAAAUGAAAGGGAACUACUAGCAUAUACAAGACUUAUGCUAUUUUUUUCCAUUCAUUUAACCUCCCUCUACAGUGUAAAAAGCAUGUAUGUAUUUAUUAAAUGUUUUUAACUUCUUUU